AUGACAAACACUAAUAAUAGCAAUAACGACAGUAACAGGGAGGAAAGACCACGAUUUUCAAUCAAUCAAGAUGAUCUUCUAUUAGUCAUUAUAUCAGUGUUUGUACCACCCAUUGGUGUUUUGAUUAGGAAAGGAUUCUUUAGUAAAGAAUUCUUAUUGAAUUUUAUAUUAUUUUUAAUUUUAUUUUUCCCUGCUACCAUUCAUGCAUUUUAUGUGAUUUAUGAAACAAGUCAAGAAAGAAUUAGCGCAACUGCAGAUGAAAGCAGAAAUACUCCUACAGACGCUACUGCUAGUAUUCCAUUGGUAACAUCUAAUGCUAACGGAGUGGUAGUAAAUAGCAACAGAGAUAAGAAAGGUAAUGGUAAUUUUGAUGUUGAUUUAGAGGUAAAUCUUAAUGAGGGAGGGCAUGACAAUUAUGAUGAUAACGAUGAUGUCCGUAGUACAGAUGGAUUAUUGUUACCAAGUUAUGACGAUAUUGUGGAAAGUUCUGGACAAAAUGGGAAGUCUAACGAUGGUCUUCAGGAUAACAAGAUUCAAUUUAACCAAUUACCUUAG